ACCUCCCAUCCCCCUCCUCCGUUCACCGCCAUUGACGAACCAUUGCGAGCUCUCAACGAAGCGAAGUAGUAAGCUCGAUUUCUCUUUUCUCUAGCUUUUGAAGCGAUCUUUGUAUCUAGGGUUUCAGAUCCAUGGCGAAAGGCGAGGGUCCGGCGAUCGGGAUUGAUCUCGGGACUACCUAUUCGUGUGUGGGCGUGUGGCAGCAUGAUCGCGUUGAGAUCAUCGCUAAUGACCAGGGGAAUCGCACAACCCCUUCGUAUGUCGCCUUCACUGACACUGAGAGGCUCAUCGGCGAUGCGGCCAAGAACCAGGUCGCCAUGAAUCCCACCAACACCGUCUUUGAUGCAAAGCGUUUGAUCGGGAGGCGUUACAGUGAUCCCUCAGUGCAAGCUGACAUGAAACUAUGGCCAUUCAAGGUCAUUCCCGGCCCGGGCGACAAGCCCAUGAUCGUAGUUCAUUAUAAGGGCGAGGAGAAGCAGUUCUCUCCAGAAGAGAUCUCCUCCAUGGUGCUCACAAAGAUGAAAGAAAUAGCCGAGGCCUAUCUCGGUACCACCAUCAAAAACGCCGUAGUCACUGUUCCUGCCUACUUCAAUGACUCUCAGCGCCAGGCUACUAAAGACGCUGGUGUCAUUGCUGGCCUCAAUGUCAUGAGAAUCAUUAACGAACCCACUGCGGCCGCCAUUGCUUAUGGCCUUGAUAAGAAGGGAGGCUCCUCUGGUGAGAAGAAUGUGCUAAUCUUUGACCUCGGUGGUGGUACCUUUGAUGUCUCUCUGCUCACUAUUGAGGAAGGUAUCUUUGAAGUGAAGGCCACUGCUGGAGAUACUCAUCUCGGAGGUGAGGACUUUGACAACAGGAUGGUGAACCAUUUUGUGCAAGAGUUCAAGAGGAAGCACAAGAAGGACAUUAGUGGCAACCCCAGAGCGCUGAGGAGGCUGAGAACCGCUUGUGAGCGAGCAAAGAGGACUCUCUCUUCCACCUCACAGACCACUAUUGAGAUUGACUCCUUGUAUGAAGGCAUUGAUUUCUAUGCCACCAUUACUCGAGCCAGAUUCGAGGAGCUUAACAUGGACCUGUUCAGGAAGUGCAUGGAGCCUGUGGAGAAGUGUUUGAGGGAUGCCAAGAUGGAUAAGAGCAGUGUUGAUGACGUUGUUCUUGUUGGUGGGUCUACUAGGAUUCCCAAAGUGCAGCAGUUAUUGCAAGAAUUCUUCAAUGGAAAAGAACUAUGCAAGAGCAUCAACCCUGAUGAGGCUGUUGCUUAUGGUGCUGCUGUUCAGGCUGCUAUUCUUAGUGGUGAGGGGAAUCAGAAAGUGCAGGACUUGCUGCUGCUUGAUGUUACUCCUCUUUCACUUGGACUGGAGACUGCUGGAGGUGUCAUGACUGUUUUGAUCCCCAGGAAUACAACAAUUCCCACCAAGAAGGAACAGGUGUUCUCCACUUACUCAGACAACCAGCCUGGUGUUUUGAUCCAGGUUUAUGAGGGCGAGAGGACUAGGACCGAGGACAAUAACCUUCUUGGCAAGUUUGAGCUCUCUGGCAUUCCGCCAGCUCCCCGAGGUGUGCCACAGAUCAAUGUCUGUUUCGACAUUGAUGCAAACGGCAUCCUGAAUGUCUCAGCCGAGGACAAGACCACUGGACAAAAGAACAAGAUCACCAUCACAAAUGACAAGGGAAGGCUUAGCAAAGAGGAGAUUGAAAAGAUGGUGCAAGAGGCUGAGAAGUAUAAGCAGGAAGAUGAGGAACAUAAGAAGAAGGUGGAAGCAAAGAACACAUUGGAGAAUUAUGCUUACAACAUGAGGAACACUAUCAAGGAUGAGAAGAUAGCGUCCAAGUUGCCGGCUGCCGAUAAGAAGAAGAUAGAGGAUGCAAUUGAGGAGGCAGUGAAUUGGCUGGAGCGGAACCAGUUAGCAGAAGUGGAUGAAUUUGAAGACAAGAUGAAAGAACUGGAAGGCAUCUGCAACCCUAUCAUUGCCAAGAUGUACCAAGGUGGUGCUGGUGCCGGAAUGCCUACAGGCAUGGAUGAGGACAAGCCUAGUUCCGCUGCUGGUGGUGCAGGCCCAAAGAUUGAGGAGGUUGAUUGAAGUCUUUGUUUCUUUCGGAGUCUUUUUCUCCAACCAGUUGGUUUGUUUUGUUGUUUUUUUUUUUUCUGGUCAGCAGCGUGUUGUUAAAAAUGGGUUACUGAGUUGUGAUUAAAGAAGAAUAAAUUUCUGGUCAGCAGCGUGUUGUUAAAAAUGGGUUACUGAGUUGUGAUUAAAGAAGAAUAAAAUAGUUGUGUAAAAGUCCCUUCAAUAAAAAAAAAACUUUGGUCAA